AGUGGGGAAAUCACUUCAACUAUAGCUUGAUAUAUAUAUUUCAAAUGGAUUUAUUCAGUUGAAGUUUUGCUACACUGGAUCUCAAAUAGAAAAAUGACCUACAUAACUGGCGGCCCGGACUACGGAUAAGAAUAGCAGUGGUGGAAUGUGGGAACUUCCCACGAUGUAUGAGCCUUACAGUUGCGUACUUGCGGUGUAAACAUAGUGGCGCUAGAGUCUGUUAACAUUCAUGUGUACGAAAGACCGAUCAUUCGGCGGGUUCACAGCUCAGAUAUUGUUUAACUGCCAUCGCCGUACCCCGGGUCAGCUGUGGCUGCGAUACAAGUUUAGCACCUAACGGAGACAUAGGAGAACUGUCAGUGUGACGCAAUCGGUCGGCUGAAGCCGUGGAUUGGCACAUCCACCUCUGAAACCUUUCUGUAAACCUCAAAUCUGGAUUUGUAGGUGUCAAGAUGUUCCGAUUUGUGGAAGAAGUGGCGAUGGCCGUGCGGAUGCUCCAGAGCGGGUCAGGCGGCGGGAAGAGUGUGGGCUUCCGCAGACAACCCGAGUCAGCACCGAAGACAGGAGCCGAGUGCGUGGCUUCAGGUUUGGACAGCAUCUUGGCUGCCUCUAUACUCUCUGAAGCAGGCAUUGACAGUAUGAAAAAGAGGCUAGACACGAGGGUAAAGAUCAACGUCAGUGGCCUGAAGUUCGAGACCAAAGAUGGCGUCUUCCUUAAGCACCCGGAUACUCUCAUGGGAGACAUUGCACGUCGCCAACAGUUCUACAAUGAGGAGAAAGAUGAGUUCUUCUUCGACCGACAUCGUCCCAGUUUUGAGGCGAUAUUUCGCUACUAUCAAACAGGAAACUUGGUUCGACCCACCAACAUCCCUGUGGACAUCUUUGCAGACGAGUUGCGCUUCUUUGACCUCGGAGAUGACUUGAUUCUGGACUUCUUGGACUCGGAAGGUUACCCGGUGGACAGGCCACUCACGGACCUGCUGCCGGACUCUGAGCCCAGACGGUCCAUCUGGCUCCUGUUUGAUUACCCCGAUAGUUCGGUUUGGGCUAAAAUUGUCGGCCUGAUCUCAGUCAGUGUCAUCCUCAUCUCUAUCGCACAGUUUUGUAUCGAAACUCUUCCUCAGUACAAGAGCCAACAGGCCCUCAGCUUCCCGUCCAACGCCACAGCUACAGAUGUGUUACAGACAAGCGGGUUCUUCCAGGUAGAGACGGCGUGCGUAGUUUGGUUCUGCUUCGAACUGACAAUUCGCUUCUACGCCUCCCCUAGUAAAGUGGCAUUUGUAAAGGACAUGAUGAACAUCUUUGAUCUUGUCUCCGUCGUGCCUUACUUCGUCACCCUGGGAAUUCUUGUUGGCGACAUCGACAUCUCCGGAAAUUCCGUUUCCGUCGCGUUUGUAAGAGUGCUAAAGGUGGUUAGGGUCUUUCGUAUAUUCAAACUUUCUCGGCAUUUUACGGGAAUGCAAAUUCUUGGAAAGACUCUACACGCCAGUAUGGAAGAGCUUGGCAUGCUUCUGUUCUUCCUGUCUGUGAUGACCGUGCUGUAUGCCAGUGGAGUGUACUACGCUGAGUUCGGCGAUCCCAGGACUUACUACACCAGCAUACCGGAGGGAUUUUGGUGGGCUGUUGUAACAAUGACCACAGUUGGCUACGGAGACCAUUACCCUGUUUCUCUGCCCGGCAAAAUCGUGGGAUCCAUGUGUGUUGUCACGGGCCUUCUGGUCAUUGCGCUGCCUGUGUCGAUCAUUGUGGAGAAUUUCAACCACUUCUAUGGUAAGGAAAAACGAAAAAGGGAACUUAAGGAAAAAGAAAAGACUACAAAACCCACGCUGGCGGUCAGGGUCGCUGUGCUCCUGUUCCGAAUUAUCAACAAGUGCGGCUGUCAACGUUUUCUACCUUCUCUCCCAGUACAGGACAUGGCUGACAAACAUGGCGACCCGGACACGCCGGACAUCCAGGUGCAUGCCGUGGAGGACGUGGAGGAUGACCGGAUCGCCAACGCGAUCGACAACUUGAGAACACACAACCCCGUGCCAACUAUGACUACGCUUGGUCGGUUCGUGGUGCCCGUGCACGACCGGAAGUCCUCCGAAAAUUUAAACUAUAUCAGCAGAUCCUCUGACAACAUCAACAGGGUAGUGAGAAGAUGAAGCAAGUGGUGUGGGUACGGAUUUAUCCAAGCGUGUGGAUCCUAUUGUCCAAAAUAUCCAUCUAACAAUAUCCAUCUUUACCUCAGUUAACACAAAGGAACUAUACACUAUAACAUUUCUCACGCCAAGGCGAUCAUGAUUGGAGAAACGAUAGUGUCCAAAAUUUAGUCACUUUUAAGCCAGGGCCUACUCACCGACACAAGAGAAUAAAAACUAAAGCUAAAUUCAUUUCUAAGUGAAAAAAUGAAAUAAUCUUGAUAAUCUUGAAAUAAUCCCUUGAUAACGUUCUUAAGCUUAAGGACUGUCAUAGUAUGUUUCGUAAUUGAACUAAUUUUCAGUUUGGGAAAGACGAUCUGUAUGUGAAAAACUGUGUAAGAAGGCCAAUUUUGUGUGGCUAGCAUGUCGUGUCUGUGUUUAUUAAGUAAUAAAAUAAAACA